ACUCCCCUUCACCCUCCAGUGCCCUGCUGACAAAUAUCAUAUUGUUUAAUUCCACCGCAAACUCAUCUCUCUCUCUCUCCCUGCUGAAAAAUAUCGUAUUGGUUAAUUCCACCGCAAACACACAUCUCCCUAUCUCUCUCUCUUUCUCAAUCUUUUAUGAUUAAAAUCUAGCAACUUUUUUUCUCCCAAAAAAUCUGGACACAGGGAAGUGAUAACAUUUCCCUGCUCUUUUGUUUCUUCGAAACAAACAAACAAACAAACAAACUCCUCUCUCUCAGAUUCCCUUGUUUCUUCUCCACUUCUUCUCAUUGAUAAACCUAUCGCUCCUCCGAGUUUACGUGAAAACAUAUAGCUUUGGAUUCAAGUAAAGGUGAUUAGAAGAUUGAAAAUUUUCAACUGGGUCUGAUCCAAUUGUCGAAGAAAUGUUGAAUUUGGGAUUGUUUUCUGGGAACAAGUCAAUGAAAUCAGUGAAUGUGAGUUUCAGAUUGCCGUAUUUUACUCACUGGGGUCAGAGCUUGCUUGUAUGUGGCUCUGAGCCAGUGCUUGGUUCAUGGAAUGUGAAGAAGGGCCUCUUGCUGAGCCCUGUUCAUCAAGGUGAUGAACUCAUAUGGAGUGGAAGUGUUGCGGUCCCCAGCGGGUUUGGGUGCGAGUACAGUUAUUAUGUGGUCGAUGACGAUAAGAAUGUUCUGAGAUGGGAGUUGGGGAAGAGGCGUAAACUGUUACUGCCUGAAGGGAUUCAGGAUGGCGAGGUCGUGGAGCUCCAUGACCUUUGGCAGACGGGUUCUGAUGAUCUCCCUUUCAGAAGCGCAUUCCGAAAUGUCAUCUUUAACAGAAGUUGCAAUUUGAACAUAGAGAGACCUCUAGGCACCGUUCAGAAUAAGCUGGAGGAAGUAGAUACAGUUCUCGUCCAAUUCAAAAUUUGCUGCCCAAAUAUAGAACAAGACACAUCAGUUUAUGUGAUUGGUAGCCCUAUAAAGUUGGGGAAAUGGAAGGUUCAGGAUGGACUUAAACUUAGCUAUGCUGGUAAUUCAAUCUGGCAAGGUGACUGUGUGCUGCGAAAGGGUGAUUUACCAAUAAAGUAUAAGUAUUGUAAGUAUGACAAGGCAGGAAAGUUUUCUUUAGAAACUGGUACCAAUCGGGAACUAAAUGUUGGCUCCUCAGAGAACCAACCGAGAUACAUUUUCCUUUCAGAUGGCAUGUAUCGAGAAUUGCCUUGGCGGGGUGCUGGUGUUGCAAUUCCCAUGUUUUCUGUUAGGUCCGAAUCUGAUCUUGGAGUUGGAGAGUUCCUUGACCUCAAGUUACUUGUCGACUGGGCUGUGGAUUCUGGAUUCCAUUUAGUUCAGCUUUUACCAAUCAAUGAUACAUCCGUGCAUGGAAUGUGGUGGGAUUCAUAUCCUUACAGCUCACUUUCUGUAUGUGCAUUGCAUCCAUUGUACCUGAAAGUUGAGGCACUUUCAGAAAGUAUUCCAGAUGAUAUCAAGCAAGAGAUUCAGGAGGCAAAACAACGAUUGGGUGGAAAGGAUGUUGAUUAUGAGGCUACUAUGGCUACUAAACUUUCAAUUGCCAAGAAAAUUUUUACCCAGGAGAAAGAUUUGAUACUUAACUCCAAAUCCUUUCAGAAGUUUUUUUCUGAGAAUGAGGAUUGGUUAAAACCCUAUGCGGCCUUCUGCUUUCUGCGGGACUUUUUUGAAACUUCAGAUCAUAGCCAAUGGGGUCGCUUUUCUCAGUAUUCAAAGAAUAAGCUUGAGAAACUUGUCUCAAAAGACAGCCUUCACUAUGACAUAAUUUGCUUCCGUUAUUAUAUCCAAUUCCAUUUACAUUUACAAUUGUCAGAAGCUGCGGGAUAUGCAAGAAAGAAAGGAGUGGUCUUGAAGGGAGACCUUCCUAUUGGUGUUGACAGGAACAGUGUGGACACCUGGGUCUAUCCAAGUUUGUUUCGGAUGAACACAGCUACUGGAGCACCUCCGGAUUAUUUUGAUAAAAGUGGGCAGAACUGGGGAUUCCCUACUUAUAACUGGGAGGAAAUGUCAAAAGACAACUAUGCUUGGUGGCGAGCUCGUUUAACCGAGAUGGCAAAAUACUUUACGGCUUACAGGAUUGAUCACAUAUUGGGUUUCUUUCGAAUCUGGGAGCUUCCAGAGCAUGCUAUGACCGGUCUAGUUGGGAAAUUUCGACCAUCUAUCCCUUUGAGUCAGGAAGAACUUGAAAGAGAGGGAAUAUGGGACUUUGAUCGCUUGAGUCGCCCAUAUAUUCGGCAGGAACUAUUACAGGAUAAGUUUGGAGCUUAUUGGACUUUUAUAGCCUCAAAUUUCCUCAAUGAAUAUCAGAAACAGUGCUACGAGUUUAGGGAGGACUGCAACACAGAGAAAAAAAUUGCUUCCAAGCUGAAGUCAUGUGCAGAAAAGUCCUUAUUGUUGGAGACUGAGAAUAAGACUCGGCGUGAUCUUUUUGAUCUUCUUCAGAAUAUAGUUCUUAUCAGAGAUUCAGAGGAUCCAAGGAAGUUCUAUCCUCGUUUCAAUCUUGAAGAUACUUCAAGUUUUAAGGAUUUGGAUGAUCACAGCAAAAAUGUUCUGAAAAGAUUAUACUAUGAUUACUAUUUCCAUCGGCAAGAGAGUCUUUGGCGGCAAAAUGCUUUGAAGACCCUGCCUGUCCUCCUGAACUCAUCAGAUAUGCUAGCCUGUGGGGAAGAUCUGGGUCUUAUUCCUUCUUGUGUUCACCCUGUCAUGCAAGAGUUGGGAUUAAUAGGUUUGCGCAUUCAACGUAUGCCAAGUGAACCUGAUUUGGAGUUUGGUAUUCCAUCUCAAUACAGCUACAUGACGGUGUGUGCUCCUUCUUGCCAUGACUGCUCAACCCUGCGUGCUUGGUGGGAAGAAGAUGAUGAAAGAAGACGUCGAUACUUUAAGAGUGUGGUGGGGUCCGACACGUUGCCACCUAGUCAAUGUGUUCCAGAUAUUGUACAUUUCAUUAUAAGGCAACACGUUGAAGCCCCAUCCAUGUGGGCAAUUUUCCCUCUUCAGGAUCUGUUAGCACUGAAAGAAGAGUACACAGCACGCCCGGCAGCGGAGGAGACGAUCAAUGACCCUACAAAUCCAAAGCACUACUGGAGAUACCGUACACAUGUGAGUUUGGAGUCUCUGAUGAAGGACCAAAAACUCAAGGCCACCAUUAAAGAUAUUGUACGAGGGAGUGGAAGAUCAUAUCCUGUGGGAGAAAAUGAAGAAUCAGAAGGCACAAGUAGUGAGAAGCGGCAGGUUGCUGCUAAUGGGAAGGAAAAGAUCCCCUUAGCUGCUUUGUCCCAAGAGAAGGAGACCCUGGCGGUCCACUAGUGUCUCCUUCAAAAAUAAUCACAACUCAGAAGAAUUCAUUUCAUCUUCACCAAAGGCAAGGCAAGGCAAGGCAAGGCAAGGCAGCUGUUGAAAUUGACCCUCUUUCCAUAAUUUCCAUAAUUUUCAGAAUAAGAAAUUAUUAAAAAAUAAAUAAAUAAAAAUUGGAUGGGCAUAGUUAAGUAUAUAUAUAAUAUGUUUCUUCAGUAUGCUCCCUCAAAGUGACUAAUAAAAAUCUAGUUGCUAGAAAAGUAGCAACAAACAGUGUAACAACUAAAGGUUACGAGGUUGGGAGAUAUUUUUUUUUUUAAUAGAAAUAAAUUUGUCUAUCAAUGUACAUUAUGUUGGUGCAACUUUUAUAUUUUCUUUUUGUGCAA